AUGAAUGAAAAUAUAUCAGUUGUAGUUAGAGCAAGACCUUUCAAUGACAAUGAGGUUAAAUCAGGUUUUUAUGAAUGUUGGCAAUUGAAUGAAGGAACCAAUACCAUUACUUCGCUGGCUCCGAAAUCAAGUACAACUACCACCACCACGACAACAAGCAGUGCAGUAAAGACACCAUCGAAAUCAUCACCAACCACUACUGGAACCGGUGCGAAAUUCAUACAGAACAGUUAUAUAUAUGAUCAUCUAUUCCCACCAAACGUAGACAAUGCACAGGUCUAUGACACCGUUGCCAAGCAGAUCAUUUGGUCGACUAUGGAGGGUUACAAUGGUACCAUUUUCGCAUAUGGACAGACUGCAUCCGGUAAGACCUUCACAAUGAAAGGAAGUAAUAAGAGAAAUCCAGGUAUCAUUCCAUUGGCCAUUCAAGAUGUAUUCUCAUUUAUUCAAGAGACACAAGAUAGAGAGUUCCUUUUAAGAGUUAGUUAUAUGGAGAUCUAUAAUGAGGUGAUCAACGAUUUGAUGGCACCAGAGAGUCUGAAUCUAAAGAUACAUGAGAAACCAAAUGGAGAUAUCUACGUUGGCAAUUUGAAGGAGGAGAUCGUAUUGUCGCCUGAACACGUAUUGAAUUUGAUUGCUGCUGGUGAAUCGGUCAGACACGUUGGUAGCACCAACUUUAAUGACCAAUCUUCACGUUCACAUACCAUCUUUAGAUUGGUGGUCGAGAGUAAAGAGAGAGCAGUAGAUGGUUCAUCUGUUAGAGUUAGUUAUUUAAAUCUUAUUGAUUUGGCAGGAAGUGAAAAGGCAUCGGAAGGUGUACAUGCCAUGCGUAAUAAAGAGGGUGCAUUCAUCAACAAGUCUCUGUUGACUCUUGGCAGUGUCAUUAGCAAGCUGAGUGAGAAGGCAGCGGGACAUAUCAACUAUCGUGACAGUAAACUCACUAGAAUCCUUCAGAAUUCACUCUCUGGUAACUCGAGAAUUGCUAUCGUGUGUACCAUCACUCUGGCAAGUAACAACUUUGAUGAGACACACUCCACUUUGAAGUUUGCAAGUCGUGCCAAGAAGAUCACCAAUAACGCCAAGGUCAACGAGGUCAUCGAUGACAAAGCACUGAUCAAGCAAUAUCGAAAUGAGAUUGCAGAGUUAAAGACCAAGUUGGAGGAGCAACUCAAGAAGGAGCGAGAUCUCGAUUCAAACAACGCACCAGCCGAAGAGCUGAAAAAGAAGUUGUUAGAGUCAGAGAAACAUAGAAAUCUACUGGAAUCAAAGAUUCAACAUUUGACAAAGUUGAUUCUGGUUUCUGGUUCCAUUCAAAAAGCAAAGCGCUCAGACUCUGUCGAUACCAGUGACGGAUCGAUCACACCGCCAACGACCAGCUCCGAACCACCCAGUCUAAAGUCAUCAGUGUCAUUGGAGAAUCAAGAGUUAUUAAAUAGAAUAUCGAAAUUAGAGUUGGAAUUACGAGAAAAAGAUAAACAAUUAGAAGAAUAUAAAAAUAGUAAUAGUAAUAAUAGUAAUAGUAGUAACAAUAACAAUAAUAAUAAUAAUAGUAAUAAUAAAAUUAGUGAAUUAGAAAGUAAAUUAAAAGAAAAAGAAGAGAAUAUAGUUAGUUUAGAGUUUAGAAUGAAAGGAUACAUGGACAAGUUUAAGAGUCUAAUUUCUCAGAACGAAGUACUGAAGCAACAGUUGGCACAAACUCAAAAAGAGUUGGACACUUAUCGAUUGGAGGAAGCUGCUGUAGAUGACGAUGAAAUGUAUUAA